AUGCCUAAAAGUCUAACUGUAAACAACUGUGUGUCCGCCCUCCCCAGUCCGACAACAGAAGAGGAUGAUGACGAGGACGACACUACCCCAAGCCGUGCUGACGCUGAUGAUGACGGAAGGGUAUACAAGAACCCUCGCAACUCGCCGUCCGCUCUGUGCCCUAGGGACGAGGAGCAGGCAACUUUGCUGGGGCAGAAAUGUCUUCGCAAAUGCUCAUCAGAUGAAGACUGUAAAAGCAAGAAGAAGAAGUGUUUGUGUGACGGUGCCUGUGGCAUGUCCUGUAUUAAGCCAGACCGUGAGUGUCCGGAGUUAGAACAACCGGAAAUCGGGACGGUGACGCUGUCAGGACGACUCUUUGGAGACAAGGCGGUGUAUUCGUGCCCCAGCGGCUACCACGUAGUUGGUCUGCAGAGUAGGAAUUGUCAAGCUGACGGGAAAUGGGCGGGACAGCCUCCCGCUUGUAAGGAGAAUAUCUAUUGUCUCCAACCACCAACGAUUCCUCACGCCCGUCACUCAGCACUGCCAGAGCAGGCAACCUUCGACCUGGACGCGACUGUUCAGUACAAUUGUCAUACCGGCUACGUCACCAACGGCUUUCCAAGAGCUAAAUGCCUGGCUAUCGACAGACAGGCAUCAUGGUAUGGACCGGAUAUUACUUGUGAACCCCGUUCUUGCGGUGAGCCCGGUGAAGUGCCCCAUGGUUGGGUAACAGCUGACUGUCACACGUUCGGCUGUCGCGCUGUGGUGCAGUGUGGUCAGGGCUUCGAGCUCGUUGGAAAGGCGGAGCGUUACUGCCAAGCUGAUGGAGCUUGGGCCCCGAAGGAGCUUCCUACGUGUGUUCUGGUCACGCAGGUCCAGUGUCCUCCCCCUGAGGCUCCGAGGCAUGGAAAGGCUGUGUACACCUCUUGCGCUUAUAACUCGGUGGUAUCUUAUGAAUGCAAGUAUGGAUACCGACUGGUUGGAGACGCUACGCGGCGUUGCGGCGCUGAUAAGAAAUGGUCGGGAACGCAGCCUCUAUGCAAAGAAAUUAAUUGCGGUCAUCCCGGUCAGCUAUGGAACGGGUGGUUGGAGAAUAUAUCGUCGGGGACCGGUCUGGGGCUUCCAUCAUCUUCAGAUGUCAGGAUGGUAUGA